UAUGAAGGUUUGAUCCACAGUUUACCGACCACAUUGUCCGCUAAAGACAGAACGACAUUCACAAGACAGACACAGAGAUCAGGGGAAAAGAUAGGACCACCUAGCGAUACGCCCCAGAAACACCGGCGACUCAGAUAGACGGUUCUAGCAGCCAACUCGUCACUGCUCCCAGGUUUCCACAUGAGGGGACUCGCACGCCCAACAGGCAACACAGAGCCGGCGCCGGGCUCCCGUGCCUUCAGGCUUAGCCGGGAUUUGUUGGCCAGGAGCCCGGCGAGUGUGUCUGCGAGAGAGCAGACGUGAGGAACCGUUUCGUUCAGUUGAGUCGGUCGCCAGCCGUCCGCGGCCACUCACAGCACACUCCGCGGCCCUUGGUCAUCAUAACAAUUUUCUCUCCGCCAGUUGGUCAACAUAACAAUCUUCCUCUCCACUGACUCUGACCCGAGUAGGAAAAAAUGUCGUAACAGACGUGGCCUGUACGUGUCCCUUCUUGAAGAUGCGAUACAGAAUGUUGUCCCCGUCCGGGUCGGCCUCUGCCCUCUCCUCGCCCAGAAAUGACGUAUCUUCCGCCGGCAGCCCGCGGGUCCCCUCCGCCAAGUGGCAGGCAUACGGACAGAGCCUCCUGGAACGCGGCGCCGUGUCAGCUUUCGCCGUGUACUCACGCAGGAACGGGCGCGUGUGGACUGAAACCCCGGACCUCCACGUCACGCCCGAGGAGGUGAGCUCGAUCGUCAACGGGUUCACGGACGAUCUACAGCUGCGCGUGCAGGGCAUUCACUUCUGGGGUCAGGAGUUCGUGUUGACCCGUAUGUCGUGGAACCACGUGAUGAUGGUGGGCCGGUCCUCAGCCAGUGGGCGUGGCUGUGUGGUGUAUCUUUGUCGCACCUGUGUCGUCAUAGCAACGCACGAGGAGGGCCCGCAGACCAGUCUCUGCUACAGCGCGGUGGAAAAGUUGGGAGACUUCCUGGUAGACAAAGGGUUUUGAACAGGGGCGACUCGUUAACCCGGUAAAACUGCCGAAGCCGGUCAUUUUUUAUCGGCUGGACAGUGGACAGGAGAUUUGAUGCUGAUGAGGAUUUUCAGUCAGUUCCAAAGAACCCAAACUAAUGUUUAUCAACAUUCAAAAUGCGCUUUGCCGAUUAAAAAGUGUCCAAAAAAAAG